GUUUAGAUGGCACUGCAGAUUAGUACUCCCGACUUGGCAAACCGGCUUCAGUGUCCUGUUUGUCUGGAGGUCUUCAAGGAGCCCCUGAUGCUGCCAUGUGGCCAUUCAUACUGCAAAGAUUGUCUGAACUCCUUAGCCCGCCACCUGGGAAGCCAGCUCUUGUGCCCUGUGUGCCGGCAAGUAGUGCCUGAUGGCAGCAGCUCCCCGCCCAACGUUUCCCUGGCCCAGGUGAUCGAAGCGCUGCACCACCCGGGGGAGCAGGAGCUGAGCGUCUGCACCUAUCACCGAAACCCACUCAGCCUGUUCUGUGAGAGGGACAGAGAGCUCAUCUGUGGCCUCUGUGGCCUUCUGGGCUCCCAUCAGCAUCACCAGGUCACACCCGUCUCCACCGUGUACAGCCGCAUGAAGGAAGAGCUCUCAGGCCUCAUCUCAGACCUGAAACAACAGCGGGAAAAACUGGAGGAGCAGAUCACCCGACUAGGGAACAACAGGACCCGGAUCGCUAAUGAGUCAGACGUCUUCAGCUGGGUGAUCCGGAGAGAGUUCCAGGAGCUACACCGGCUGGUGGAUGAGGAGAAGGCGCGAUGUCUGGAGGGCAUCGAGUGCCACACGCGGGGCCUGGUGGCCUCCGUGGACAUCCAGCUAGAGCAGGCCCAGGGGGCCCGGGAGCGGCUGAAUGAGGCCGAGCAAGUCCUGGAGCAGCUGAGUGAGGAGAGUCACCUUGACUUCAUCCAGAAAUACCAGGCCAUGGCAGUCAGCACGAAGCUGCAGCAGACUCUGCCCGUGGAGGGAACCUUCAAUGUCAUCUCCUUCAAGUCAGGCUUCCAUCCGGCCGACCUCAAAAUGACCGUGUGGAAACGGCUGUUCCGGAAGGUUCUGCCAGCCAUGGAGACUCUAAAAUUGGACCCGGCCACAGCCCACCCGCUCCUCCAGCUCUCCAAAGGGAACACGGUUGUACAGUGCGGCCUCUUGUCUCAACGGUGCGCCAGCCAUCCCGAUGGCUUUGACUAUAACACCUGUGUCCUCACCAGCCGGGGCUUUUCCUGCGGCCGUCACUACUGGGAAGUGGUGGUGGGCAACAAGAGUCACUGGCGGCUGGGGGUCAUCAAGGGCACGGCCAGCCGAAAGGGCAAACUGACCAAGUCCCCAGAGCAUGGGGUGUGGCUGAUUGGGCUCAAGGAGGGUCGGGGCUAUGAGGCCUUCCAGUGCCCACGGGUGCUCCUGCCUGUGACCGGCCGCCCUCACCGGAUCGGUGUGUAUCUCCACUACGAACAGGGGGAGCUCACUUUCUUUGAUGCAGACCACCCAGGGGGCCUCCAGCCCCUAUACACAUUCCAGGCUGACUUCCAAGGCAAACUUUACCCCAUCCUGGACACCUGCUGGCAUGAACGAGGCAACAAUUCCCUUCCCAUGGUUCUGCCUCAACCCGCAGGGCCUGGCCACCUCUCCCCGCUGGAGCACACCAAACUGUAGGCGUUUGGUUCUCCUUCCUUACCCAAGGGUGCAAGACAGGUGGGUGUGGGACCAGUGUCCUCGGGCCGAUGGUUUACAGGGCACCAGAAGUGGCAUCUUUCCUGGUGAGGUAGCCCUAGCAACUGAUUUUUUAUGGUUUGGGGUUAAAAGAACCAGCCCCCUCCCCCCUCCAAACCAGAUCCAAAGCUUUCCCAGAUGGAAUCUAGACUCCCUGAGGGCAGAGCCUGCUUAUGUCCUUCUAGCCCCAGAGUCCAACACACAGUAGGGGCUUAACAAAUUCUAGUUGACUGAUUAGGUGGGAAGAUGUUCCAGGAAAGAGUCAGACCACAGAUGCCCCCACUGGCUCAUCUAUAUUCACUGUAAUAUAGUAGUAAUGCUCACAAUUCUCUUCCAACUUUUUUUGUUUAACAAAAAUAACACUUGCUUCUGCAGUCUUUAAAGCCCAACCUGGGCUGGCAUCCUCAGGGCAGGCCUCAAGGAAGUGCGGGCACUUGGCCUUGGUCCUGAGGGACAGGCAAGUUAGAGAGCCCAGAAGCUGGAGUGAGCUUGGCUUGAGGAGGGUGGGCAUGG